CAAGUCACACGGUGCGCAUUGGAAAGAAAUUCUAAAGAUGAAAAAUCCUACAAACUUUUUAUGGCAUUUGCCCUAAAUCCCAAAUCCCAAAUCCCAAAUCCGAUCCGAAUCCGAUAGGACUUCGAAGAGGUGAGUAGGGUAAACCAACAUCGAUUCUGCAUACUCCCGGGGCAAUCAGGCAACACCAGCAGGCAGGUCCAGCACCUCUCCCUACCCAGGACUCGAGGGCGGCCGAAUUUUGCAAAUCGGAGCUGCUGAAAUCGGAAGUCGACGACUUGGAUACGUUCGAAUCAUUCACCUCCAUGGAUGAUGAUGGGGCUGCGGCUGCGGCACAUCGACCGGUUCAGGAAGACGCAGUCUCGGCUCAUCGACCCUCCCCGAUUGCCCAACAGUCGUCGUCGUCGUCGUCGUCGGAGGAGGAGCCCUUCAGCGACGCUCCGUCUCCGGUGCGCGCCGUGCUCAACCGUCCGUGGCCGUCCCCUGUCCUGAUCCCAUCUCCGUCGGGCAAGGUACGCACCCUGGUGGCCACCUCCGACACCAUCGGGCCCCCGAUCACGCCGGAGGAGCUAGAUGCGCUGGAGGACAAGGAGGGCGACGAUAUGUGCACCCUGCACUACAAGGCGGCCGGACGGGCUGGCGCAACCAUUCGGAAUUAUGUCCAUCAGCACGGCAGCCUGUACCUGGAUGAGAAUGGUGGAUUCAUGAUCGACCACUCCCCUCUAAUGGAGGAAAUACGGUGCAAGAAUGUUCCAGUGGAGGAGAUGGAAGAAAGAGUAUUUAACUUCGAGGUGACCAAGGAGCAAACUUAUUUGUCAGAAUUGGCUUUAGCGAGCUACAACAAGAGGAGAAAGGUUAAGUUUGAGUUAUGCAAGAUGUUGCUCUCUAGAUCUUUCUGGGAGGAUAGAGGGUACUUUGUGCAUCUGAAUUUUAUUGCGAAGCGUAAGGAUAAGAAGAAACUAUUUUUUGCCGAGAUAGAGGACUGUGGUAAACGAGACGGUGAAACCUACGUAGUGCGAUGUUGUGUUUCCUUGGAAUCAGCCUGUGAAGGUGGUUACUAUAAUAUGCUUGUCCCUACUCCACCUCAAUCUAGGAAAGGGCUUGACUUCAGCAAGUGCUACGCCUGCACUCAGUCCUUGAAGCACCCCCCGAGUGAUGGUUCAGGUUACUUAGGUGGCCAUGACCAUCAGAAGCGAACAUAUUUGUUUGAGCGUGUGUUCAACUAGCUAGCUGCAUGUAUGUGCUUCAAUGUUGUAAGUUAUGAAAAUCGGCAAGGAUUAAGAUGGCAUUGAAGGCUAUUUGAGCUCUGUAGUGGUUUUAUAUAAUUUGGGCGCCCUAACAAAUGGAGGAAGACGUUUAUUUAUGCAGCAGUGUGUCCUAGUGGUUAACAUGGAUCUUGUAGGUCGCAGAAGUUUCUCUCCGUGUAUAAUUAAGAUCAAUUUGUGCUCCUUAACUA